GCUUUGCGGAACCGCUGCGUAUUUGUUCCGUAUUCGCUUUCUGACUGUUGCUAAUCCUAACCCUUGGAUGGCCUACUGUUACAGAGAGAAUCUUCGGUUAAUUCAUCUUAGAUCCGCACUGUGAACGUACUUUUAACACAACACUUGUUAGAUUUGUACUAUCAGUGCUCGGAUCCGCGACUAAACCGGUUCGGAUUCGCUGCGCAGACGCGCCACUGACUCAUCAGCCGUUAUCGGGACCUGAGUGGAAAGAAGCAGCAUCCACCUGUUGUCCGCGGAUUUAACUUUUUGACGAGUGCAGUAGGAAAGUUAGCGACAGUAGCAGCUAACGUGAUGAAGACGAUGUGAGGUCAGGAGUCAGGAUAACUCCAUCUCUUGAGAUGACAUCAGGAGCCCCUGUCCUUCUGCUGAGUGUCCCCAUCAGGAGUCCUGCACACUGAUCAGAAAAUAUACUGUAUUUAAUAAGAAGAUGGACAUAAGGGCAUGAUAAAGACCCUCUGGAGAUGCUGUGAGAAAGGGGAAGCCCAGCGCUGGACACUGACAGACUGGAUCUUCACCAGUAGGACUGAAGAGUGUCCCUGCCAUAAGAGCCCUCUUGUCUUCUCCUGGAUUUGCCCUUCUCCAUUGGGCUAGUAAUGAGACCAGUGCUAUUGGCCACGUACCUGAAGACCUCAGAUCCACAUUACAGUUCCCGCCCCAAGUCCUGCUUUCAUGUCCUUACUUGCCGACCGAGUACGCAUACAGUGAUGGGGGAUGCCAGCCUAGGCCAAUUUGCCCAUGCAAAAAAGUAAAGAAAACAAAUUAGUUGGGCUUGUAUGUGAUGCCCUUGCUAUGACAAAUCCAAAUUUAGGGCAGAAAUAGUUAUUUCCAGAGACACAUUUGAAACAUGCAAUGAACAGAUUGUGAAGUAGUUUGCAUUGGCAUUGUUUUCUGUUGUCGUCGCACAGUGCAAGCCACAACAGUUCUCAAACUGGUUUGCCUGGGUGUUGACUGAACAGUCAUAAACAGUACCUCUUAGUACCUUCAGGAACAGGUGAAAACUCCCCCGGCUGUCCUUGUUGUGGUUUCUACUGAGUUUCAACUGGGUGUGGACAGGUUGUGCAGGGACAUUCUGGAUUUGUUUUCACACUGCAGCCAUACCAGUACCACCAGCAGCAGCAACAACAGCAGAGAAAGCCUCUAUCCUGAUGGAUUAUUCUUUAGACUUGUUCAGUCUCACCUCCCUGUUGGGGACUAUAGCUCUGAUCCUACUUUUGUACAUAAUAAACAACAGUCUCACAGGUGGGGAAUCAAGGAAAGAGCCACCAGGACCAAGGCCUUGGCCGCUGCUUGGCAACCUGUUGCAGCUUGAUCUAAAGAGACCGUUUGUUACCCUUCAUGAGAUGUCAAAGAAAUAUGGGAGUAUCUUCACAGUCUACUUUGGACCAAACAAAGUGGUGGUACUAGCCGGUUUUAAAACAGUCAAAGAGGCUCUAGUUGGAUUUGCAGAGGAGUUUGGUGACAGAGGCCCCUCUAAAAUCUUUAAUGAUAUAUCUCAGGGUCAUGGAAUUAUUUUUACCAAUGGGGAAACAUGGAAAGAGAUGAGAAGGUUUGCACUUACUACUUUGAGAGACUUUGGGAUGGGCAAAAGACUGGCAGAGGAUAAAAUUGUUGAAGAGUGCCACUACCUGAUACAGGAGUUUGAAAAGCAUAAAGGACAGCCGUUUGAUACAACACGGCCAGUGAACCACGCCACAUCUAACAUAAUCUCAUCAAUUGUUUAUGGAAGUAGAUUUGAAUAUAAUGAUCCAAGGUUCAAAAACAUGGUGGCAAGAGCCAAUGAGAACAUUCGGCUUUCAGGUUCUGUAUCAGUACAGUUGUACAACAUGUUUCCUCGGCUGUGCUACUGGGUAAAAAACCGGAAGAAGAUUUUGACAAAUGUUGCUGAAACUGUCAAUGAUGUUCAAAACUUGAUCACUAAUUUGAAAGACACAUUAAACCCGGAGCUAUGCCGUGGCUUUGUUGACUGCUUUCUGAUGCGAAAAAGAAAAACAGAGGAUUUACACACUUUGAUGACUCAGUACCAUGAGAAGAAUCUGAUAUACUCAGUAACCAACUUGUUUGCAGCUGGCACAGACACCACUGCAGCUACAGUGAGAUGGGGGUUACUAUUAAUGGCCAAAUAUCCAGACAUCCAAAAUCAGGUCCAACAGGAGCUCGACAGAGAAGUAGGAAGUUGCCAAAUCUGUGCUGAAGAUCGGAAAAAUCUGCCCUACACUGAUGCAGUCAUACAUGAGACGCAGAGAUUCGCCAACAUUUUACCUUUGUCCAUUCCUCACAAAACCAGCAAAGAUGUUACCUUUCAGGGCUACUUCAUCAAAAAGGAUACACUUGUAAUUCCUCUCCUUGCCUCUGUGCUUUAUGAUGAGAAUGAAUGGGAAAAUCCACACAUUUUCAACCCAUCUCAUUUCCUGGACAAAGAUGGUAAAUUCAUCAAGAGAGAAGCUUUUCUUCCCUUUUCCGCAGGUCGGAGGGCGUGUUUGGGAGAGGGAUUGGCAAAAAUGGAGUUGUUUCUGAUCUUCACUAGCCUUCUCCAGCGCUUUCGCUUCAGCCCUGCACCUGGAGUUAGAGAGGAAGAUUUACUGUUGACCCCAUCUGUGGGUUUCACUCUCACCACAUCACCCCAUGAGCUGUGUGCAACUAUUCGCUGAUAACAACACAACACUACAAAACAAGAUCAAUGUACUAGUGUGGCUUGGCUAUAACUUAUAUUUUUGAUUUAGGAAUUAACAAAGUUUGAUCUUUCACCUGCAAUGUCAGUUCUACACAUUUUAAUCAAGCACUGGUCUUAGUGAGCUCUGAAGAACCCAUUUUACAUACUAUAAUAAAUAGCAAAACAUAAA